GGGAGGCAUGUUAAGGGUGAGAGAGAGAGAGAGAGAGAGAGAGAGAGAGAGAGAGAGAGAGAGAGAGAGAGAGAGAGAGAGAUCCGGAUCAUGCCGGGAUUGCGUUGAAGAUUCAUCCGCGAAAAUCGAUACUGAUCAAGGUCGUCAAUGUACAGCACUGCGGAUCAGAUCUCGUGCGAAGGAGAUGGUGAGUGUUCUUGUCGGGAUUGGGAUUGAGACUGCAACAAACUGUCAGAGAAUUACUCACACUAGCACUCUGGACGUAAUUGAAGGCCAGAUGCAUCCAGAUCAUUGUGGAAUUCGGGUCACAUUCAUCCGCGAAAGUGGAUUCUCAAGAUAUUGCCGUACCGAAAUGCAGAUCAAACUCGUCGGGAGUAGAUGUUUAAAUCAAGUGUUCUUGUUGGCAUCGGGAUUGGGGUUGUACAGUCUCAUAGUACUCUAUUCACACUACUAGGGACUUUUUUGACAACUGCGCUCUGGACGUAAUCGCGGACAGAUACACGCAGAUCAUGGCGAAAUCCCGGUCAGAUUCGUCCGGAGGGAGGGGGGGAUCCGUUGUCGAAAUUCGUCUGGAGGAGAUGUUACGUUGUCUGGUGGAGAUCGGGAUUGGGAUUGGGAUUGGGGUUGAGAAAGCUAUUGUUAUUGGGAUUGCGAUUGUACAGACUCAGAGCCUACUCAUACUGGGACUGUUCGAACUAUGCUCUGGACGUAACUGCGGGUCAGAUACAUCGAGCUCAUGGUGGGAUUGCGGUCAGAUACAUCCGCUCAAGUCCUACCUAGUGUGAGUAUGUCCUCGACCAUGCAUGCAGGUGUGAGGCUAGGAUUUCAAGUUGCCGGUGUGUGACUAUAUCGCUCAUCUGUUUUCGAACUUCAUCCUAGAUUUGGUUCGAAUCUUCCGCAGUUCGAAUCCUAGAUUUGGUGCCAGUCCGGCAUUCAUACGUGGCAGGUAGACCAUAGACCAACCCAUCCGGGCCGUGCGAAGGAGUCUGGAGUAGGACGGAUGAACAUACAGCUUAUUGUCGGUCAUGUUCGUUCCUUUUUUUUUUGCGACAGCAAACGCACACCAAUUACGGCAAAUUAUCAUCACCGCAACGAAGCU